AUGCCAGUCUGCGUACAUUGUGCUUAUCCAACUCAACAUGUGUAUACUACCUACUCUACAAAAUCUAACAUCCGUCUGGGGGUAUGUGAGAGAUGUAAUCAAUUCAUAGACCCCCUUAUCGAACAUCCUCCCUUACUUCUCCUACUCGAUUUGAUCUUACUCAAACCUAGAGUCUAUCUUCAUAUACUUUUCAACAGAGGUUCCCCUCCUCGUCAUGCCGAACCUACAGCAAACGAUAUAGAUAAAACAGAUCACCGAUACGAAGUUUUACGAGGUUAUCUCAUACGUUUGAGUUUACUCACUUUGGUCACUGAAACCAUUCUACGUGUGCGUUCACCAACCAUACAAUUAGCUGAGAAUCCAUGGCAUCUGGCGAGAGCUGUGAUGGAGAGUGGGAUAGAGUUGGUGACGCAAUAUCUUGUGACUACUUUUCUUGGUUUGGGAUGGUUAUGGUGGGUAGGAUGGUGGCCACAGCACCGGAGACAAGGGAAGCUUAGAGACGGUAGACAAGAAAACUUCAUACCCAUCUUGAUCCCUCUCACUCUUCUAAUUACCUCUAUCCUCCCUCUUCUCCUUCAACUAAUCCUUUCCAUUUGGUCCACUUCAUCUCCAACUUCCACCCUCAUUACUCCUUCUCAACUCUCUGCAACCGAUCUCCACACAGUCGAUACACCAUUUCCCCUCCACUCUUCACUCACAAUUCUUCCUGCAUCUCUUCUCUCCUUCAUCCCUCCUCGUCACCUAGAAACGGCGGGAAACGUCGAAACUGCGUUAUGGGAAAUCUGGACCAAAUCCGAUCGUAUAUGGGCCGGGACGAGAUUAUUAGGUGGGAUGUCUUCAGGAUUCGGGUUGAGGGUAUUAUUACCUACCAGUCCAAGAAUGACGACUUUGCUCGUUUUGUCCGGUUGGAUAUGUGGUACUUUUGCUGGACAGAUGGUAGGAAGUCUGUUAGACAGUAAACUCAGAUUAUUUUAG